AUGCACAGGUCUUUUGUGCUGAGUUUGAUGCUCGUAUACGCGCUGAGCUGGACUGGGCUCACGGACAAACCAACACAACAGCGCGUCCGGCUUUACCGACGCGCGCAACAGGGACAGACGCGCACCAGGUUAGUUCAGAGCAAAGCGGGGGAUGUCCAGGCUGAUGAAGGGGCCCCUCUGUUCAGAAGGACUGCGUCUAGGAGAGCCAUGCUGCAGGAUGAGGCCAGGUCCCGAAUGCCCCGUAUGCCCAGCGGAGCGGGCUCUCCAAACCUGCUGGCCAGCUUUGCCGGUAAAAACAGGGUCCUGGUGAUCUCUGCGCCCCACGAGUCGGAUGGGUACUACCGCCUGAUGAUGUCACUGCUCAAACCGGACGUGUACUGCGAGCUGGCGGAGCGGCACGUCCACCAGGUCGUCAUGUUUCACCAAGAGGGAGAGAUGGGAGGCAAAGUGCGCAGGAUCACCACGGAGGGCAAGGUCAUGGAGGAGCCGCUGGACACCGCGCUCAUCCCGAGGCUCAUGAGCUUCCUUAAAAUGGAGAAAGGUAAGUUUGGGAUGGUGCUGCUGAGGAAGACCCUGCAGGUGGAGGAGAGGUAUCCGUACCCCGUGAGGCUGGAGGCUGUGUAUGAAGUGAUCGACCAGUCACCGGUCAGGAGACUGGAGAAGAUCCGGCAGAAAGGAUUCGUCCAGAAAUGCAAAGGAGCUGGAGUGGAGGGCCAAGUGGAGCAGGGCACAUUCACAGCUGUUGAUGCACCAGAAGACAGAAAACUACCAAAGCGGAGAAAACCCAUGUCUACUACCACAACUUCUACAACCAAACCAACCACAACCACCAUCUCCACCACAACCUCACGCCCCACCACCACAACAACCAAAGCAACAACCACAACGACCAAAGCUACAACUACUACCACCACGAGACCAACUACUACUACAAGGCCAACAACUACUACAACCAGAGCAACUACUACUACUACAAGAGCUACUACGACCACCACCAAACGGACCACUACGACCACAAGACGUCCCACCACCACCACCACACAGAGGACCACCAGAGCCCACACCACUGCCCUCUGGAUCCCCCUCCCCCGGACCACCUCAGAACCUGAAGAAUACUACCACACCCGCAGAGACAGGACCAGAACCACCCCUGCUGGGGACAACCGCACAGACAGAGAGCCCCACGGCCGCAAGCAGCUGCCCUCCACACAGAAGCCAACAAAGAUCAAGCCGAGCAAGAAGAAACCACCUGCAGAGAAGGUCUUGACCAAUGAGUACGAAGAUAAGUUUGAACCGAGCCGGCCAACAGACAGUGACCUGGAGGAAACUCUGUCUGAGACCAGCCCCACUAAAAGAGUCAAAGUGAAGCAAGAAAAAGCUGAUAAGAAGAAGAAGAGGACUGACAAGGCUGCCAAGAAAGCAGAGAGAAGAGCGGGCAGAGAGGGCAAGAACGGAGGCAAGAAGAAUGGGAAGAAGCUGUCGAAGUAUCCUGAAAUAGACGAGUUCCCGAAGAUCACAAAGAGACCUACGCCCCCGCCUAAGGGACCACUGCUCACGUUCCUGGAUUACUUCGAGAACAGGAGGAGACUGCUGAUCAUCACAACACCCAGCGAAGAGAACAGCAUGUAUGUCCAACAAAGGGACGAAUACCUGGAGUCUGUGUGUGAAAUGGCCAUCCGCAAAGUCUCCAUUAUCACCAUCUUUGGCACUUUCACAAACUCCACCAUGAAGAUUGACCACUACCAGCUGGACAACGAUAAGCCGAUGAGAGGCCUGCGGCAAGAGGACCUGGUGAACCAGGAACUGAUCACAGAGCUGCGGAGAGACUUCCACAUGAUGUACGAGGACUUCUACAUGAUCCUCACCGACACCGACAUAAGAGUCAAGCAAACCUAUGAAGUCCCCAUUGCCAUGAAGGCUGUGUUCAGUUAUAUAGACACCUUUUCCACGCGGAUCAGGGAGAUGGAGCAGCAGAAGAGAGACGGAGUGGCCUGUAAGAAAGAGGACAAGCCGCGGUCACUGGAGAACUACCUCUCCAGGUUCCGCUGGAGACGUCGCCUCUUCAUCAUCUCUGCUCCCAAUGAUGAGGAGUGGUCCUACCAGCAGCAGCUGUACGCUCUGUCCAGCCAGGCCUGUAAUAUGGGUCUGAGGCACAUCGCUCUCCUGAAGCUGGUUGGUACAGACAUCUUGGACAUGGGUGGAGUUUUGGAGCUCUAUCCUAUCAAUGGAACAGCCACAGUGGAGCGUGAAAGCCUGUCAGGCUCUCUGGUGAAAGACAUGAGGAAUUACUUCCAGAUCAGCCCUGAAUACUUCUCGAUGCUGUUGGUGGGAAAAGACGGCAACGUGAAGUCAUGGUACCCGUCUCCCAUGUGGUCCAUGGCCAUCAUCUACGACCUGGUGGACUCUAUGCAGCUGCGCAGACAGGAGAUGGCCAUCCAGCAGUCUCUGGGCAUGCGCUGCCCUGAGGACGAGUACGGAGGGUACGGAUACCACCAGCACGGAUACGAGCACGGAUACCAGGACGGAUACCAUGGCUACAAAUAG